AGUCGAAGUCUGACUCAGACUGAGAGGCAUUAGCAUUUAACCUGCGAACAUGACAAAUCAGCAAAACGUGCCACAUGAGCCCGACCACAUGCCCCGCCGCCGAAAAUCAUCCGAAAAUGACCCGUAGCGAAGUUCCCUGGAAAACUGGCAAUGUGAAUGGGUAUGGGGAGCAUGAAAUAUCACGGCAGAGGCAGCAAUUCGGGGAGUCAUCAACAGGCCAACAUGCCUCCAAGGUGGAUGUGGUUGUGGAUGUGGAUGGACGGGACAGCCACUUGGCCAAGUGGUUCCCUCUGCCAUUCUGCCCAUUGGAAAAUAUAUAUUCCUAUCGCAAUCAGCAGCCACGACAAUGUUUUUGGCCCCGGCUCUCUGGCCCUCCUUCAAACAAUUUGGCAACAAAUGCGCGCGCACAAUCAAAUGAAUGCACAAAUCAAUAAGACAACAACUGCAGCCAGGGAAAAUGCAACAGCAAAAGCAAAAACAACAACUGCCGACAAUUGCAACGUGCAAAAUCGUUUACAAGCCACGCCAAGUCAACUCAACUCAAGCCGGUGAUUCCAAAUCCCGGGGAUUCCGGGGAAGAACCCCGAGCUGGGGCCAAAAUAACCAAAUCAUUGCCAUGCAAAUGGCAUCGUUUUGUGGCUCAAGUCAUCGCCAGCUUCCCUGUCUUUCCCACCUUUUCCUUUUCCGUCGGGAAAAAGUAGUCGUGAAAGGUGGGAAAGACAUCUCCUCCUACCACCUGGCUGCAGUUCGGUUUGUCCCCACUCAGCUGGUCUACACUGGGAAAAACAGCCAACAAAAUCCCU